AUGUGGACGCCUGUAGAAGAUAUGGUGCUCAUCAGCUCCUGGCUCAACACAAGCAAGGAUUCAGUAGUGGGAAAUGAGCAACGGUCUGGGGCAUUCUGGAAUAGGAUCGCCGCUUACUUUGCGGCAACAACCAGAGAGAAGACAAGUGGGCAAAAUGAGAAUGAUGUUCUCAACAGAGCUCAUGAAAUCUUCUUCACCAACCACCGAAAAAAUUUUAUUCUUGAGCACGCUUGGAAGGAGCUUCGGAAUGAUCAAAAAUGGUGUGCCACUGCUACAUCUAAAAACGAAGGAAGCGGUAAAAGGAGGAAGUUAGACGAGGGUUCACAGUCUGAGACUUCACACGCUGUUGAGGAGGAACGCCCCCCGGGUGUUAAGGCAGCAAAAGGGAAGAACAAGAAUGUCAAGUGGGAGGAAAGGCUGUCACAGUUUCAGACUAUGUGGGAAAUAAAACAAAAAGACUUGGUCUCCAAGGACAGGCUAUCAAGAAAUCGGAUACUUGACCGUUUACUUGCAAAGCAAGAGCCCUUAGAUGAGGUCGAAAAUGCUGUUGUGAAAAAGCUCCUAGCUGAGUUGUUGAACUAG